AUGUCUCUUGAAAAUUAUGAGAUUCUAGAGAAAUGUGGUGAAGGCGCCUAUAGUAUAGUUUACAAAGCUAAAGAAAAGAAAACUGGAACCUUAGUUGCAAUAAAAGGACCUUUUAAAUCUAUGAGGUAUAGAGACGCAGAAAUGCGGGAGUCUCGAGUCAGGGAGAUUCGCUCUUUGCAAAAAUUACAAAAUCAAAAUGUGAUUAAACUGUUGCAUUGUGAUAAUUGGGAUAACACAGGCAUAAACUUAAAAAGCACCUACUUUGUAUUUCCUUAUUGUCCGUUGACAGCAAAUUCACUCUGCAUAAAAUAUGAAUUAACGGAAGAGCAGAAAAAAUCAUGUAUUCGAAUGAUCCUCGAAGGCCUUGAUUAUAUUCAUAGCCAAGGGAUUAUACAUCGUGACAUAUCUGCGAGAAAUAUUUUAAUAGAUGAAUUUGGUGUCGUGAAGAUUGCAGAUUUCGGAAAUGCAUGGAUGGAAUCAGAUACUAAUGAGAAGAAAGGAAAUCUAUCAUCUGAUGUUGGGACAAGGUUUUAUCGUGCGCCGGAGUUAUUUUUUUCGGCUUCCAAUUAUACAAAUACCAUUGAUUUAUGGUCAGUUGGGUGUGUAAUUGCCGAAUUUUUCACUGAGCCUGUUGGAUCACAUUUAUUUCAAGGAGAAACAGAUAUUCUUCAGAUUUGCAAGAUUUUUCACGUUCUUGGAGUACCGAACGACACAACAUGGCCAGAAAUGAAAACCUUACCCGACUAUGGAAAAAUAGAGUUUAUUCCGUCUCCAACGAAUGGCCUCACCCAAUCGGAACAUCUUCCAAAUGCUCAAACUAACGAACCUGUCGAAUUU